AUGAAGAUGUCUCUACCAGGAAAUGUCGUGGUCAACAUUGAUGAGAUACCAGAGAAUGGUGCGGGCCAGAGUAUGACUGAUGGCAUGGCCGUCUCGUUCGUAGAUGAACAAGACUGCGGUUUCUUUGGCCCUUCAUCAAACAUCGCGCUCAUGCGGCACAUAUUACGAGCUGUCGACACAAAAAGAACACAGCAUGUCAAUCAGACUUCAUUAACACCAGCAUCAGAGUACAGUGCAUACGAAGGUGGGCUAGUGAGCAAUCUAAACGCGUUUCCAGCUGUCUCAAGUGAGCCUCAAAAGGUUGGCGCCAAUCUCCUACCACCGGACGAGGUCAUGCAGCGUCUCAUCCGUGCGUACUUUGAUAACACGGGGCUCUUAUUUCCAUACAUACACGAACAAGAGUUUCUCGAUACCUAUGAGCGAUUCCGAGCGAGUGGCUUUCGAGGAAACGUUCGUCGGACCUGGCUCGGCCUGCUGAACAUGAUCCUUGCAAUGGCAACUUGUACUUCUUGCUGGGAGGACUCGGGAAGUGAGACUACUUUUGAAGAGUCGGAUGUUUACUAUCGUAGGGCGCAGGAGCUUUGCCAUACACAGAUGUUUAGGGGAACAACUCUUGAAACAGUCCAAUACCUCUUACUCACGAGCCAAUAUCUCCAGGGGACGCAUAAGUCGGUCCAUACGUGGACCAUUCAUGGACUCGCUGUCAAAGCUGCCAUGUCUAUUGGACUCCACUCAAGAGACAUUGCAUCCAAGUUCACUCCUCUACAACAAGAAAUCCGGAAACGUACUUGGUUUGGAUGCAUUUUGCUUGAUAGAAGUCUUAGCCUCACGUUUGGCCGCCCAUGUGCUAUACCAGAAGAGUACAUCCGCUUGGAUCUUCCAAAGACAUUACCAGUACCGGUGUCACCUACUAAUGAAGUGCAUAAAAUGAGCACUGCGUUUUACAACGCCUCGAUAACUCUCUACAGGAUCAUGGGGCGAAUCAUUGGCUCACUCUAUGGUAGUAACCUUGGAUGUGAAGACCAAUCAUCAGAUACAGCCACAAUGACAUCCAUGAUCCAGUUCGGCCAGGAGCUAUCAGACUGGCAAAACAGCUUGCCGCAGAAUCUGGGUUUGCGGUCUGUCGACAACAUGCCAGACAACACGGAUGAGAAUAUCCAGGAUCCAUUACGCGAAAAGUUCAGGAUCAUCUUGACAUUGAGAUACCUCAACGUUCAACUCCUCCUCCAUCGCCCGAUCUUCAUUCGGUCUUUAGGUACUCUGCUCAGAGAGGCCAAAACGCCAUAUCGCCACGCGGGUUCCAUCAACACCAUGCAUGCCAACUUUGACAGAGUCUUUGUGCAAGUUGCGGAAAACAUCAUAGAUAUUAUUUACACCAUUUUGACAAGGCCUGACCACGGGCGCCAUUUGAUCGGGGCUUGGUGGUUCACUCUCUACUAUGCCUUCAGUGCAGCGUUGGCAAUCUUUGGUAGCUUGUUGAUAUCUCUUGGUGCAGAAGUUGGGAACGCCGAAAGUGCGAAACGGUAUCUCGGCAAGACUUGCGAGGCUCUGUUGAAGCUCAGCGAUAACAACACUCUUGUCCUCCGCUGCGUCAGAUUCGUACAGCAACUUCUCCGGAUUGUGAGCGCCUGGGAUGCGAGCACCACGACCCAAGCCGAUCUUAAUAAUGAAUCUUUGGGCUCAUACUUGACCGCGGAAGGGGGCCCUAUUAAUUUUGACAUUGAGUCAGAUUUGCUCUCAACGAUGCCGACGUGGGAGACGUCGACGCUUGGUUUUGGUGAUGAGCUUGAGCUGGGUCAUUUCUUUGCCAGUGAUUCCCAGCGGUGGUUUGAGCAGACACAAUGCCUCGAUCCAGAGACCGACUAUGAGCUCAUGUGGAGGCUCAUGUCCUGCUACCGAUCAAAUGAUUUCAUGAAUAACAUGAUCUACGCCCUUACAUUUCCCAACUUCAUCAUCACCACUCAUGGCUGCGAAACUGUCUGGCGCUCAGACGGUGGCAAGGUUGUCAAGCGAGGAGCUCAACGCGUCGAAGACACCGAAAACUACAAUAUGACGUGGUGGCACUAUGGACCAAGUGAUCAGCGAUGCAGAGAUGCAGUGGAGCAUAUCAACAACCUUCAUAUGUCUCUGGCGCGUCGUUACCCCGGCAACUUCUCGUUCAACGAAGAUUUUCUGUACGUCACGACUUUUAGUGCUGUACUUAUGCACCGCUUGCGUCUUCGGCUCGGACUAUCGGGUUUCACUGAGAAGGAGAAAAUCGCUGCUCACCACUUUUGGAGGGAUAUGACGCCGCUAUUCAUCAGAGAGGACGGAAACUCUGUCUACGGAUAUCCUAAAGACUUUGAAGGCUGUAUCCAGUUCUGCGAAGACUACGAGAAUGAGAAGCGCGAGUUCGAUGCAAAGAUGCAAUACAUCGGCUUGGCGAUCUUCAAUCAGUUCGCUUUCCGAUACUUCCCCUACGGCUUCCGAUGGCUCGGUGUGUCGAUAGUGAAAGCUCUCUCACUGCCUACAACUCUUAGGGCAAUGCGGGUCGAACCCGUGAACCCCAUCUUCCAGUGGUUGAUUGUGCUUUUCGUUGGAACAGCGAUGAGCCUUGCAGAGACGCUUUUACCGGACCCGCGGGAGUCGUUUUGGAAGAAGAUUGAGACGUUGGAUGUGGAGAAGGCGAGGGCGAGGAAAGAGGAUAUCAGGGGGAGUGAUCAGGCGUAUUGCCAGUAUAUCAGGUCUGAGUGGAGUGGUCCUGGGUGCCCUUUUGCUAUGAAAGCUGAAUAG